GCAGCCUCUUUCGUCGCCCGUAUUCACGCGCCGAAGCCCGAGCAAAGCGAGUGCAGCAUCAAGAGCAGCAGCCAUGGCGGUCGGGAAGAACAAGAGGAUCUCGAAGGGGAAGAAAGGAGGGAAGAAGAAGAUAGUUGAUCCUUUUGCUAAGAAGGACUGGUAUGACAUUAAAGCUCCGUCCGUCUUCAGCGUGAGAAACGUGGGGAAGACCCUUGUUUCUAGGACUCAGGGAACCAAGAUUGCCUCUGAAGGUCUUAAGCACAGAGUGUUUGAGGUUUCUUUAGCUGACCUUCAGAAUGAUGAGGACCAGGCAUACAGGAAGAUCCGGCUUCGUGCAGAGGAUGUUCAAGGGAAGAAUGUUCUGACUAAUUUCUGGGGAAUGAAUUUCACAACUGAUAAGCUUCGAUCCUUAGUCCGAAAAUGGCAAACACUCAUUGAAGCCCAUGUUGAUGUGAAGACCACCGAUAACUAUACCUUGCGGUUGUUCUGCAUUGCCUUCACAAAGAGACGCCCAAAUCAGGUGAAGCGCACUUGCUACGCACAGUCUAGCCAAAUCAGACAGAUUCGUCGUAAAAUGACCGAAAUCAUGGUUAACCAAGCGACAUCAUGUGAUCUGAAGGAUUUGGUACAGAAAUUUAUCCCAGAGGUUAUUGGCAAGGAGAUCGAGAAAGCAACAACCAGCAUUUUUCCACUGCAAAACGUCUUCAUCCGCAAAGUUAAAAUCCUGAAGGCCCCCAAGUUUGAUUUGGGAAAACUCAUGGAGGUUCAUGGUGAUUACAAGGAGGAUGUGGGCGUCAAACUGGAGAGACCCGCUGAAGAUGUGCCAAUGGAAGGUGAAGCCGAACCUGUUGGAGCUUAAAUGAAUUUUACUCUCCCCUUUAUGGGUUACCAGAACUGCACUUUUUUUCCUGAAGCCUGAUUUAGUUUUUGCAAUUUAGCUCGAUGGAACUUGCUGUUUUUUCGAAGUUGGCUUUAUUAUCCAUAGGAGAGAAGAGCUCAUACAAUUAUAUCUUUAUCCAUGCCGACUCUUUAAUUGAAGAUAAAGCGAGUGAAAUUUUCGUA